AACAUUUGACUACAAUAUUACUGUACUAUUUUCCAACCCUUUUUGUCCCUCAAAGUCUUUGAAUUUGUCAAAUAAAACACAGCGACCAAACUAAAAAAAAAAAAAACAUGUAUUGUCUUUGUCAAUACCAUAAAUGCUGGUCUUGCAAGACCAAUAAUUGUGUUGAAGAACUCUCCAUGAUACAAAAUUCUCUUUCCUUCCAAUUUGGGCGUCUGAAGUAGAAUUUGGGUGUCUCUCUUUUAAUGAUCAAGUGAUCUCACAGGUGACCCUUUUGCAUUCUUGUGUAUGUUGUUGAUAUUGGUUAUUGAUUUAUUGGGUUUAUGAUGAAUGCUUUGAGCUAUUCUCUUGAAUUGUUCUUUGUUUCAAUCACAUCUUAGUUUCAUUCUCUUGUAUUGAAUAUAUGUCAUGAUGGGUAUUGGGUUAUAUGGAUUGCUUAUUUGGGUAUUGUCCGUCUUGUGUUCGAUAUGUGUUUCCUUAGAAUUUGAUCCUGUAGAUAACUAUCUGAUAGACUGUGGAUCACCGAAAAACACACGGGUGGGUGAUCGUGUCUUUGUGGCCGAUAACUUUACCUCCAAUAUCCUUUCAACUUUACAUGAUGUUUCUGUCAAUACAAUUUCGAAAUCCAACUUAUCCACCUUUGAUUCGUCUCUGUUCCAAACUGCUCGAAUUCUUACUGGAACUUCCCAAUAUACAUUUUCAAUCAAGAAACAUGGUUGGCAUUGGGUUCGUCUAUAUUUCUUCCCCUUUGCUGAUGAAAAGUACAAUUUGAGCAAUGCCAAAUUCUCUGUUUCAGCCCAAAAUUUCACCCUCCUUAGAGAUUUCCAACCGGAGAAUGGAUCGGUUGUUAAGGAGUACUCAUUGAACAUAACUUCAAAUAGUCUAGUGCUCACUUUUGUUGCUUCUGCCAAUUCUUUUGCCUUCCUAAAUGCUUUAGAAGUUUUUAAUCUCCCCGAUGAGCUCAUCCCUAGUGGUGGUAAAAUCAUUGAUCCUCCGGGUGGAAACCAGAAUCUUUUGACUCGAGCAUUAGAGACGGUUGCAAGGGUGAAUAUGGGUAAUAGUACAGUAUCCCCUCAAAAUGAUACAUUGUGGCGACAUUGGGUUUCAGACGAGACACAUCUAAUUCCCAGUAUUCUUGUCGCGUUUGUAUCAAAUGUUGGAGCUGUUAAUUACACAGGAGUGCCUACUCAGAAUAUUGCUCCACCAGAAGUCUAUGGCACGGCCACUAGAUUGAACUUGGAUAAACGUGCAGACAAUAUUGCCAAUGUGACCUGGUUUUUUGAUGUUGAUCCUGGUUUUGAGUAUCUGGUUCGGUUUCACUUCUGUGAUAUAGUGAAUUCUUCUGAUACAAAGCUGGAACCCUUCAAUGUUUAUAUGAACUCCCAGCUUGUUGCUAGUGAUCUUGAUCUUAGUAAUCUAACAUCAAACAUCUUUGGCGUUCCCUAUUAUAAGGAUGUUGUCACAGGGUUAAGCACCAGUCAGCUGAUUAAUAUAAGUGUGGGUCCUUCUGAGUUGGAAUCUUCUCUCCCAGAUGGCAUUCUUAACGGGCUGGAGAUCAUGAAAAUAAGCAAUUCAAGGGACAGUCUUGAUGCAGUGGAUCCUCAUAUCCAGCUCUCAACUUCAAGCUCCAAGAUGAAAGUUUGGGUGAUUUUAGGAUUGGCCAUUGGGGUGUUGUUCAUUGCCUUAAUUUUGACUUUGAUCGUCUUCCUAUUGUGUAGAAGAAGAAGAAGACUGGUACAUGUAGGUCAUUCAACGCAAGACAAUUUUGCCAUGAAUGGAGGAGGGAAUGCUCAAACCACGGAAAGUAAAUAUUCUAAUGGAACUUCCAUGAUUUCCAGCUCAAAAAUUGGUUACCGCUUCUCUCUUGCGGUAAUUCAAGAGGCUACUAAUAAUUUCAGUGAAAGUUAUGUAGUUGGUGUUGGUGGUUUUGGGAAGGUUUACAAGGGGGUUUUGAGGGAUGAAACAAAGGUGGCAGUGAAAAGGGGAGUUUCUCAAUCCCGACAGGGUCUUGCCGAGUUCCGGACUGAAAUUGAAAUGUUAUCUCAGUUCCGUCACCGCCAUUUGUUAUCUUUAGUAGGGUACUGUGAUGAACAAAAUGAGAUGAUCAUAGUUUAUGAAUACAUGGAAAAUGGGACCCUCAAGAACCAUCUCUAUGGCUCAAAUCUUCCUAGCUUGAGUUGGAGGCAAAGGCUAGAGAUCUCCAUUGGCUCAGCCAGAGGACUUCAUUAUCUUCACACUGGUUCUGCAAAGGCAAUUAUUCAUCGUGAUGUUAAGUCAGCAAAUAUUUUACUUGAUGAGAAUCUGAUGGCUAAAGUUGCUGAUUUUGGGCUUUCAAAGACCGGCCCUGAGAUUGAUGAGACGCAUGUCAGUACUGCAGUAAAAGGAAGUUUUGGGUAUCUUGAUCCCGAGUAUUUGAUUAGGCAACAGCUGACUGAGAAAUCAGAUGUGUACUCCUUUGGAGUUGUUUUGCUUGAAAUCAUUUGCGGAAGGCCUGUUAUUGAUCCAUCACUUACCAGGGAAAUGGUAAAUUUAGUGGAAUGGGCAAUGAAGUGGCAGAAAAGAGGAGAGUUAGAAAAAAUUGUAGACCCUCAUCUUGUUGGUAAAGUAAAACUAGAGUCUUUGAGAAAGUUCGGAGAGACAGUUGAGAAAUGCCUAGCAGAACGUGGUGCUGAUCGACCCACAAUGGGAGACGUAUUAUGGAGUUUGGAAAGUGCUCUUCAGCUUCAAGGAGAUGAUGGAAGACCUCCUCUGAAUGGUGAGCUCUCAAACAAUCACUUGGAGACCAGUGUAUCUACUACACAAUUCAGUGUGGGAAGUAUGGGUGAUCUUGCUGGUGUUUCAAUGAAUAGAGUCUUCUCGCAAAUGGUAAAAGCCGAAAUGAGGUAGACUGAGCGAGAAAUGGUAUGCUUUAUACUAUCCAUUUUGCAGAGUUACUUCUUCAUUUGUUUGUUUGCUGAAACUGCAUAUAGCAGGCUGAAUUCUUUUGAACAAGAGGGUUAGGAUUUCAGAAUAAGUUUUAUCAGUCCUUUAAUAUGAUUUUCUCCAAUUGUUUUGCUUGAGUUUGUGACUGAUCAUGAAAUUUUGGCGCAUGGGUUAUGUUUUACUCCUUUUUAUGAUGCAAUAUUUCUCA